AUGGCCACGGCGACCAUACCGGCUAUGCAAGACUUCGCUGACCUAAGGACCGUCAUCAAUGCGGCAGCAAGUGCCAUCGGGGACCCUAACAAUUCCAACCGCGGCUUUGGCUUCAAUUGGCCUGGUAGCAGUAAUCAGAUGGGUACUGCAGAUCUCGUGAACAACAUCACCAGCACCAUCUUGAGAGGAAAGUUUCAGCUUGACACAAACAAGGCCGCGUGGCUCACUCCAGCUACAUCCGUCAAUGUCCCUCCUGCCAUCAACAGCACAGCACCUCCAACUCAAGCCACGCCCACACUCCCUUUGACUGCAAGCCUAGUUGCCCCAACCGUCAUCCCUACCGCAACACUCAAGCCGGAAAACCUGACGGUCGAUCUUACAACGCCGUACAUUGACUAUGUCCAAGCGAUUCCUAACCUUAGCAGCAGCCUGACGGCGCUUGGGCGUGAAUUCCACCGCGAGAUGAAUGCACCCGUCAACGAAGCCAUUGCAGGUCUCCAAGAAAGCCUCACGACACUACAAACGGCGAUGCUGGACGCCAAUCUCAUCAAUGCCCAGGCUGUCAUACGUACCAUCCGAGCGAGCAGUAGCCUGGAAAGUUCGCAAACAGCAUGGGGCCGCUCUCUCAAUCUCCCAGGGGGCGGGAGCGACGAUGCUAGUGCUGAGCGCCGGGAAACAUGGCCACGGCCAAUGACACGCAGAGCGGAAGCAAAGAGACCGCCACCCAAAGAUGGAAAGUUCUACACUCACCAAGAACUUUGGGAUUGGGUUAUGUCAAGACGCUGGGCAUCGACGGAAAGCAAAACCGCUUUACACGCUGGUGCAAGUGUGCAAUUGAAGGGUCAUCAAGCACCUGUUGCUGUGGCACGAGUGGCCCGGCGCUUUGUUGUCUGA